CGAUAGUCUCGAUUUCUGUAGCAUGUUAUCCCACAGAGCCCUGUUAAUUAUUGGAAAGUUUUUUUAAUGGAACAAUUUUAAUUAAAUUACAAUAGUUGUUUACACGCUGCGGCAACUUGCUCCCUGUAAAAAAAAAAAACGAGUAUUACGUGGGGAUAGCUAUUGCAAAGACCCAGAUCCCGGUGCAUCGGCAGCCACGACCAGCGACAAAGAACACAAAGAGAGACAGGUAGUGCAAAACCCGUUUCUUCUUGCAUCCGAUAAAAGGGGCGUCUAUAUCUCUGCUGAUCCGGAGCCCCUGGCAUUACAACACUAUGAUGGUUGAGUCCGAUGGAACCGCCGAUGCCACCCGCCGCUUGAACGUGAAGAAGCAGACACUGGACGAUGCGUACGCCGUGCCCGCCAACUUCCUGGAGAUUGACGUGGUCAAUCCGCUGACCACUAUGGCGGCGGGCAAAAAGCGCUACACGGAUUAUGAAGUUCGGAUGCGGACCAAUCUGCCUGUCUUCAAGGUAAAGGAAUCCAGUGUAAGACGACGCUACAGCGACUUCGAGUGGCUGCGGAAUGAACUGGAACGGGACAGUAAGAUUGUGGUGCCACCACUCCCGGGAAAAGCCUGGAAGCGCCAAAUGCCCUUCCGCGGCGACGAGGGCAUCUUCGACGAGAGCUUCAUCGAGGAGCGGCGCAAGGGACUAGAGGCCUUUAUCAACAAGAUAGCCGGACAUCCGCUGGCGCAAAACGAGCGCUGUCUGCAUAUGUUUUUGCAGGAGAACGUCAUCGAUAAGAACUACGUGCCCGGAAAGAUUCGCAACACAUAAGCACCGGAAUCCGGAGCAAUCGAAACCCCUAACCAUAGCAAUGCAAUGAAGCAACAACUCGAACGAACAAACCCGCUACGAAAUCUUUAGGGAAGCCGUGUGAAUGUGUGUGCUUGGCCAGAUUAGAGGAGAAAGGAGUAGAGGAGUGGAGUAGCGAGAACGGAUUAGAAGGGGACUGUUUAUUAUGCAACGCGAUAAGAGGCGGGAAGUGCUGCUGCUCAGUUAAUGUUGAGCCCCUCUCACCCCCCGGGGACUAGUUAAAAACCAGCAUUGGGAAUUUUUAAUGCUAAAUUCAAGUUUAUAUGGUAUACAUAACAAUAUACAUACAUAUAUAUUAUAUACAAUACAGAUAUUUACGAAUAGUGUACAUAAGAUAUGCCUACAACGCCCCUCGCUAAAUGAGUCUCGAAAGUAGGAGCUGUCCCUCCCAUUUUCCCGAUCCUCAGUUUCUUCGUUUUGACCCAUUGCAGCAGUAAUGAAGCAGCAACUAAAAUAAGGGAUCCAUCCUGACCCCGAAAUCCAUCCCUUGUACGUGUAUGCAAGUUAUUGAAUAUUUUGAAACAGUUUAGUGAAUAAUAUUGUACUUCGAAUCAAAUUAAAAUAAUUCAAAAAUAA